GACCUGCUGAGCUGAGAUUUCUUUACUCAUAAAACCCCUCGGGCCAAGCACAGGAGAAAAGAGGCACUUAUGAGACAAUCUCCAGCGUCCUGUGACGUCCCCAUCCCCAAGAUGCGAUAUUGCCCGCCGUCCAUAACCUAGGCAUCUGUCAUAAACCGAGCCUGCAUGACUUGCAUUAAAUACUCCCGACCGACAAGGACAGAUAACAGCCCGCCUGCCCAAUCCGGCCACAUAUCUGUCGACAGCCGCGAUAUGAUCCCAGCACUCUGCCUCUACUGUGUCUAGCAACAUUCCUGCGCGUAAUAGAAGCGCAGUUCCAGGCGUCGCUAUGGCCAGUGGAAUCAACCGAUUCCUCUCCAAACGCGACGGAAAGCGCAAUCGGGGCCGCGGUGACCACGAACACCACCACCACUUGCCUCAUCACUCUCAUCCGCUCGCCAGAAAGCCAUUCUCGACCGUGAGUUCUCUUGUUCCUGCUUCUCCAAAUGUGGCACCGGCAGAUCUUCUCAUUUUCCUGCACCGUCUGCCACCUCCAGGACUCAUGCCGAAUGUCCAACGUUUCUGCCUGUCCAUAUGUACUCCCGCCCGGGAGAGGGAUGCCUCUUCUGUAUUUCUUGGCUGUUCCCAUCGUCAAACCCCAUACUGACUGGCAUCUCUCCACAGUCCAGCCCCGAACUGGCCCUGAAAGCGAGCGAUCCAAACUCGGCUGCCGAUUUCUAUGGCCUGUUUGACGUCCACGUUCCCCCGGCGACUCUAGCAGAGGAGCCCAAGAUCAAGACGUUGCGCCAUCGAAUCCUCAACUCCAAAGGGGUGCUGUUAAGGGAUGCCCAAAUGCUGUGGGCUCUUCGCUCCAAUGCCGCCAGCGGAGAUGUCGAUGCCGCAUGUGGACUCUUGCUUGCCAUGUCCGAUGCCUCGGAAGGCAUUGUCACGCCGUAUGAUCCUAGAACGAAGCUCCUUGGGGCACAGAACCGACAGGGAGUCACGUGUUUCCUCGAUGCGACCCUGUUUUCCAUGUUCUCUCGGCUCGACAGCUUUGAAGCUAUGCUCUAUAACUCCUUCAACGACUUAGCACGCAAUAAGCUCGCGUUCCUUUUACGCCUUUGGGUUAACCUUCUGCGCUCUGGGAAGCUGAUCACCACAGACAUAACAAAAGUGAUGCAGGACACUUUGGCAGAAUGCGGUUGGCUGGAAGCUGCAGAGCUGCACCAACAAGAUGCUUCGGAAGCCUUUUCCUUUAUCACGGGCAAGCUCGAACUGCCCUUGAUGACUUUGAAAAUGGACAUUUAUCACACUGGCAAAGAGGACAGCAACGAUGAUCACAAAUUCAUCAAUGAAAGGCUCCUUGAGGUGGCCAUCCCUCCCGACCCCACGGGCGAAAGAUCCGUAAUUACUCUCGAAGAAUGUCUCGAGGACUACUUCAACAAUCGAAUCGAGGUCCGCAGGUACUUAGAGCGACGGUCGACCAUAAAUUCCAUGCGCAAAGCAAGUGCGGUGCAUGUCGAGACGGUCGAGUUGGAUGGUGACCAAUCACCAAUCACCCCCCUCUCCCCGUCUCCGAGCUACGCAUCUCCCACCAGACCAGGAGCAAACCGUACUCGCGCACCUAGCAUUAUUCAGGAGCGCUACAUACCGGCCCGGAAUGAAAGUGGAUAUUCAUCGCUGGCUCCAAUCGACUCAAAGGAGUCAGCACCCAUGUCGCGCGUCGGAAGCGUUCGGAAAGAGGUCAUGAUGCCGGCGUGGCAAUUCUUCAGCCUGAUUCCCUGGUAUACCGACAACGCGCCUAUGAAUGACGCGCAAGUCGCUGCUCACUUCUCAUCGAAACGGCCCGUGCUCGGACUUUGCCUCAAGAGAUAUUCAUUCACUGCAAGCGGCAAAGCAAUUCGGUUGGAUACGCAGGUGGAUAUUCCAGUCGAGAUUGGAGUGCCUCAUUUCAUUCAGGAUGAUCGUAUGGAGGACGCUGGUGGCCUGCACGGCAAUUUCAAACUCUCCUUACAGUCGGUCGUCUGCCACCGAGGCAAUUCCGUUGAUUCCGGGCACUACAUUGCUCUUGUGCGAGGCACUGCUCCGCCAUGGUCUUCUGAUGGGCAACUUCCCGAUACAUCCAACACCUGGAUGAGGUUCGACGAUCUUGCACCACAACGUAUCACUGUUGUCGACAUUGAUAAAGCUCUCAGGGAGGAAACUCCAUACCUACUUUUCUACCAGAUCCUUCCCAUCCAGGGAGACCCCGGGAGUAUAGCGGCGGGAGAGGAGCCCCUGGCCUCGGUUUCCGAACGCAAUGCAUCCGUCAGUGAGGUCUCGAGUGAGUCUGCUCUGACAGACAAUCAGACACCGUCUGGUCGCCCCAGUUUUGAGAUCACGCUCCUAGAUGAACCCAGAGGCCGGUCGCCGACGGAAACCAGGAGGACGAGUGUCAUUUCGUUCCAGGAACCGCCCCCGGAAUACACAAAUGGAGCAUCCUUGGCUGUGCCCAAAAAUUCGGAUCCAUCUACCACGCCGCGUCCCAAAUCGCUGUCACGGACGCAGAGCAAGGCGAGUGAGAGUGGCAGUCUGGGUCGAACGCUGUCCAAGUUUAAAAGGAAAAGCCGAGAAAUCUUGCCGCUGGAAAAUCAAAACGUGGCAGAGGUCCAUGUUACGGAAAUCUCUGAGCGGAGUACGCCAGCCACACAAGACGGACACAUCCACGGAGCGCAAACCGGUUCGCAAAACGCUCCAAAACCGAAUACUCUUCAAUUCCAGCAUCAGCCACCUAGAACACAUAAAAGCGAAAAGAGCCGCAGUCGGAUAUCGAGGAGUAAAAUGCGAGGUGAGAAGCCGGAUAGAGAGUGUGUUGUUAUGUGAGUUUGAGUGCCAACUCACCAUCUGCUACUUGAUGCAUUAUGGUCCUUCCAGCGUUCAUGCCAUGCGCAUUGGGGACUGGCAAGCGGGAUUCCGUGCCAUUGGCUUGUUGUUUAUGAUUUUCUGAUGAUUUCUCAUGAAGGCAUGUUGUCUUAUUGACCUAGGCCAAGGGGGCAAGGCACGAUCAGGAUUACCCAACGUUGAGCGUUCAGAACACAGAGAUGCUUUUUCAAAGCACAUGAAAAGAAAAGACAAGACGUUUUCCCCUUGAUCUGCCACAUCCCCAAGCUUGGCUCUAGACUUGUUCCAAUCUUGCAGACUAGAGAGAUAUCCAUAUAUACCUUGUGACUCGGUCGACGGGAGUUUUGGUGACGACGAGUCGACGAGGCUGACUGAGUUUCCCAAAAGGGUCUAGCACCUCCUUUAAGUCAACCACAGCCAGCAUCUGGG